GGUGCCUUAUGUUCUGGCCUUCAGGGCAUCGGGACACAGAUAUAUGAUAAAGUUUACUGCUGGAACGUCUGUUCUUGAUGAAGACAAACAUGAGAUACCCCCGAAAUCGAUUUUAUUUACAAGUUUUUCAGACAUCAUAACAGGGAGGUUUGACAAACAUGUUCUGAUUCGUGAGUAUGGUUUUUGGUUUUUUUAUUGUCUCAUGUUUUGAUGCAUUAUAGCCGUGUGAAAUUAAUAAAUUUAUUUCAGAUGUCGUUGGAAUGGUGGAUAGUAUUGGUUAUGCGCAGACUGAGUCAGGUGCAAAGAAGCAGCAAAUUAGCAUGAUGUUGCGUGAUCACAGCAACAACAUGUUGAACUGUACUCUGUGGGAAUCAUACGCGGAUCAGUUCAUCAAGUUUAACAAAGUUAGGGUUGCUGCAUCACUACCUACAGUUGUGUUGCUUCAGUAUGCCAAAGUGAAGGAAGAAGGAAAGUAUCCUCUGUCUGUGACAAACACCUACAAUGUGACCCUUUUAUGUGUUGAUGCUGAUUUUCCGAUCAUGAAAGACUUUAUUGAUAGAAUGCCUGAGGAGAGCAAGGUAACCCUGUCUGACCAACUUGGAGGGAAUUCCCAAUAUUCCUCCCAAAGUUCUGAAAAUCAACAGCUCACUCCUGUGCAAAAAUUGUUCUCAAAGGCUGUUGUCUUGCCUAUUGCUGAGAUUAUUCAACUUACGGAUGUUACAUUUUGCGCUACUGUCGCUACAACAAAAUUAUUAGUAGCAUCUCCGUUUGGAUGGUUCUAUCGUGCCUGCCAUAUGUGUCAAUCUAUAGCGCGCGGGGACAGCCCCCCCUUUGAGUGUGAAGCUGGUCAUGAAACCAUGGCUGAAGUCCUUAGGUUUUAG